AUGCCCUUUUUCUUACUAGAUCCGUUACACCCCGCGCCCUUCCUCCCUCCCCUCCCAUCACUUUCCCCGUCGCCUUCGCGCUCUCCCUCCCAUCGCCUUCGCGCUCUCCCUCCCGUCGACCUUCGCGCUCUCCCUCCCAUCGGCAUCGCGCUCACGUUCCUCCCUUCCCUUCGCCUGCUCUCUCGCCGCUCGAUUCCCGUCGCCCUCUCUCUCGCCGCUCAUUUCCCGUCGCCCUCUCUCUCGCCGCUCCCUUCCCGUCGCGCUCUCUCUCGCCGCUCCCUUCUCGUCGCCCUCUCUCUCGCCGCUCACUUCCCAUCGCCCUCUCUCUCGCCCCUCCCUUCCCGUCGCCCUCUCUCUCGCCGCUCCUUUCCCGUCGCCCUCUCUCUCGCCGCUCCCUUCUCGUCGCCCUCUCUCUCGCCGCUCACUUCCCAUCGCCCUCUCUCUCGUCGCCCUCUCUCUCGUUGCUCACUUCCCAUCGCCCAUUUCACCGAGCACUCUCAAUCUCCUCUCCCACUCCGUCGACUCUCGUCGCCUCACUUUCUGCCCCUCCUCUUCCUCUCUCCGCUACCCUUCCGUCGUUACUCUUAUCCCCCCUCCCUUCCCGUCGCUCUCGCUGUCCCCGCUCCUCUCAUCCUUCCUUCUCGUCUCUCGCUCUUUCGCCCCUUCCGUCUAUAA